UGAAUCGAAUGCUUCGGAUGAUGGCGACUGAACGGUGUUGUGUUCAAUACGCAGGGAAAUGUGGCACAGCAGGGGGAGGAACCACUCACUCGAGAGAUGAUCAACAGAAUGCUUUUGCAAACAGAUCCAGAAACCGUGGUAACUGGCGGCCUUCCAGGAACAGCGCAGUUUACAUUGCAAGCUUUGAACAGAAUGCGGACAGAGAUGGGCAGGAACAACGCCCGGUUCAAUUUAUGGGGUGAGCCCGCCCAGGAUGGGGACACUGAGCUUACCAUGGACAUGAUUGACCGAAUGAUUGCCCAGAUACCACAAGGGAACCGUAGAGUAAGCGGCUUGCCAGGGACCGCAGGUUUCACGCCGGAAGAGUUGAAUCGCAUGCUAGAACUGAUGACGACGCAGGGUAUUAACUUCAAUUAUCAAGGAAAUCCGGCACUGCCUGGCGAUGAAAUUCUCAGUAGGGAGAUGAUCAACAGAAUGAUUGUUCAACUAGAUCCAGAAGCCAUACUAACUGGUGGGCGUGAAGGUACAGCGCUGUUCACAUUGGACGCUUUGAACAAAAUGCGGACGGAGAUGGACAGUAACAACGCCAGGUUUAAUUUCCGGGGUGAGCCUGCCCAAGGUACAGACCCUGUUCUUACCAUGGAAAUGAUCGACCAAAUGAUUGGCCAGAUACCACAAGGGACCCGUAGAACGAAAACGAUCAGCGUGGCUAAUACUGCGAGGUUUACGAUGGAAGAUUUAAUUCGAAUGUUACGAAUGAUGUCGACGGACGGUACUGAGUACAAUUAUCAAGGACAAGUGGCACAAGCAAACGACGCAGUUCUUACUCGGGAGAUGAUCAACAGAAUGAUUUUAGCACUAGAACCAGAAACCGUGCUGACUGGUGGGCUUCGAGGCACAGCGCCGUUUACACUGCAAGCUUUGAACAGAAUGCGGAGACAGAUGCAAGUGUCCAACGCCCUGUUCAACUACCGCGGUGAGCGUGCCCAGCAGGGGGACUCUGUUCUUACCAUUGGCAUGAUCGACGAAAUGAUAAGCCAAAUACCACAAGGGGUCCGUAGAACUAGCAUGCCUGGGACCGCGGAUUUCGAGAUCGAAGAUCUGACUCGAAUGUUACGAAUGAUGACGACGGACGGUGCCGAGUUCAAUUAUCGAGGAAACAUAGCCCAGGAAGGAGAGCAAAGACUCACUCGGGCGAUGAUCAACAGAAUGAUUUUACAACUAGACCCAGAAGCCGUGCUUAGUGCCGAGUUACCAGGAACUGCGCCGUUUACAUUGAACGAUUUGAUCAGGAUGCGGACAGAGAUGGACAGAAACAACAUCAAUUUCAACAUACGGGGUGAACGUGCAGGGCCAACGGAUACUCUUCUUACGUCGGAAAUGAUCAACCAAAUGUUUGGCCAGAUACCUCAGGGGAUCCGUAGAGUGAGCUUACCUGGGAUCGCGGGAUUCACGAUGGAAGAUCUGAAUCGAAUGCAACGAAGAAUGACUACGGACGGUCUUGAGUUCAAUUAUCAAGGAAAUGUUGCCCAGCCGGGAGAUGAAAGACUUACUUGGGCGAUGAUCAACAAUAUGAUUUUGCAACUAAAUCCAGAAGCCGUGCUUACUGCCGAGCUACCAGGAACAUCGCAGUUUACAUUGAACGAUUUGAACAGGAUGCGGACAGAGAUGGACAGAAACAACGUCAAUUUCAACUUACGGGGUGAGCGUGCAGGGCCUACGGAUACUCUUCUUACGUCGGAAAUGAUCAACCAAAUGAUUGGCCAGAUACCUCAGGGUGUCCCGACGACACCGGUAGGCACACCAUCAGGUCGGAUCGAAACAGCGAAGUUUACUAUAGCUCAGUUGAACACAAUGCUUGCUGAUAUCGAUGCCAAUAAUGCCCAGUAUAAUACGAAUGGACAGAGGUUUAGUCCUGGCGAUGUCCUGCUUACGCGAGACAUGAUUCUCACCAUGAUUUCCCAGUUUCCCGCAACUACAGUACCAGAAGCUCCUCUUUUACCGGGCCAAACCAUCAGGUUUUUAAGACCUCAACUUGUGAACUUUUUGCAACGAAUGAUCGCGGACAACGUUAGGUUCAAUACUCGAGGUGAACUGGCCAGUGAUGGAGAUACUAACAUUUUGACACGUGAAAUGAUCAACGAUCUUCUCAGACAAUUAGAUGCCACAGAAUCCGGUGUUCGGUUUGGACGAUUCAGUCUAGCUGAUGUCAACCGCAUGAUAGCUGAAAUGCAAGACACGUUCGACCCGCAAUUGUUCAAUUUCAACGGCCAGCCGGCCGGCCGAGAUGAACCUACCCUAUCUCUGACGCAGCUGGAAUCAAUUAGAGAUAGGCUCAGAGGAUCAGGUGCCACCACAUUCGGUUUGGGACAGAUCCGUCCAGAAGACAUCCAGAGAAUGAUUGAACAAAUCCGAGUGAAUCCCAGCACAACAUUUAACUUCCAAGGACAGCCGGCGGGUGCAGGCGACCCAGUUCUGUCUAUUGAACAACUGAACGGUCUUCUCCGUCUUCUACAGGAUCAAGCAAUACCUGCCGUUAGGCCCAGCGGUUCGGAAUCAAGCAUAAUCGACCUCAACCCUAGGCCUUCAGGUGAAACUGCAAGUGGUACAUCGACUGGAACUGUUGUAACUGUUACUGGUGGAACUGUUGCGCAGCCUGUUCAACGUGGAACACCGUCUGAAACUGUUGUGACUGUAACCGGUGGAACUGGUACACAGCCUGUUCAACCUGGAACGCCGGACAGAGCUGUUGUAACUGCAACUGAUGGAACUGGUACACAACCUGUUCAACCUGGAACACCGACUGAAACUGUUGUGACUGUAACUGGUGGAACUGGUACACAACCUGUUCAACCUGGAACGCCGGACAGAGCUGUUGUAACUGUUACUGGUGGAACUGGUACACAACCUGUUCAACCUGGAACGCCGGACAGAGCUGUUGUAACUGUUACUGGUGGAACUGGUACACAACCUGUUCAACCUGGAACACCGACUGAAACUGUUGUGACUGUAACUGGUGGAACUGGUACACAACCUGUUCAACCUGGCACGCCGGAUAGAACUGUUGUAACUGUAACUGGUGGAACUGGUACACAACCUGUUCAACCUGGAACGCCGGAUAGAACUGUUGUAACUGUAACUGGUGGAACUGGUACACAGCCUGUUCAACCUAUAACGCCGGAUAAAUCUGUUGUAACUGUAACUGGUGGAACUGGUACACGGCCUGUUCAAACUGAAACGCCGGAUAGAACUGUUGUCACUGUAACUGGUGGAACUGGUACACAGCCUGUUCAACCUGGAACGCCGGACAAAGCUGUUGUAACUGUAACUGGUGGAACUGGUACACGGCCUGUUCAAACUGGAACGCCGGACAGAGCUGUUGUAACUGUAACUGGUGUAACUGGUACUCAACCUGUUCAAACUGGAACGCCGGAUAGAACUGUUGUCACUGUAACUGGUGGAACUGGUACUCAACCUGUUCAAACUGGAACGCCGGACAGAACUGUUGUAACUGUGACUAGUGGUACUGGUACUCAACCUGUUCAACCUAUAACGCCGGAUAAAACUGUUGUAACUGUAACUGGUGGAACUGGUACUCAACCUGUUCGAACUGGAACGCCGGAUAGAACUGUUGUAACUGUAACUGGUGGAACUGGUACUCAACCUGUUCAAACUGGAACGCCGAAUAGAACUGUUGUAUCUGUGACUGGUGGAACUGGUACUCAACUUGUUCAAACUGGAACGCCGGAUAGAACUGUUGUGACUGUAAUUGGUGGAACUGGUACUCAACCUGUUCAAACUGGAACGCCGGACAGAACUGUUGUAACUGUGACUGGUGGUACUGGUACUCAACCUGUUCAACCUAUAACGCCGGAUAAAACUGUUGUAACUGUAACUGGUGGAACUGGUACUCAACCUGUUCGAACUGGAACGCCGGAUAGAACUGUUGUAACUGUAACUGGUGGAACUGGUACUCAACCUGUUCAAACUGGAACGCCGGACAGAACUGUUGUAACUGUGACUGGUGGUACUGGUACUCAACCUGUUCAAACUGGAACGCCGGACAGAACUGUUGUGACUGUAACUGGUGGAACUGGUACUCAACCUGUUCGAACUGGAACGCCAGACAGAACUGUUGUAACUGUGACUGGUGGUACUGGUACUCAACCUGUUCUACCUGGUUCAUUUGUUGGAAGAACUAGAGAAACUACUAGUACUGCCGUCACUGGACAAACUGGCGUUGGAACUGGGGAUCAAACCAUUUCUGGAACCAUCUUUAUAGAUCCAGGUUGGGAUAGCGGACAAGUGCAUCCAUGGAUGAAAGCUCGCUUAGACCCAGCGCAAUGCCUCCGCUCCUGCAACCUUCAGAUCUGCUAUUUGCCGUACGAUGGCGAUUGUAAGAGUUACGUUGUGUGUCAGCGGACCGCAGUUGGAACCUAUGUAGCCUGGAAGAUGCGCUGCGCUUUUGGGUCUUACUGGGGUACAGGCAAGCUCUGGACAUGCGAACGAGUCGAAGAUCUGAUUCGAACAGGCUUCCAGUGCCAGUCUGACCCAUGUAAGAACCGAUCACUGAUAUCGUAUCCGGAUAUAGAGGAGAGGAACUGCCGCACUUACUGGCAAUGCGAAAAUGGGGUGUCGACCCCAAAAUGCUGUGAACCCCACACCAGAUUUGACAGAAAUACACUGCGCUGUGAGCGUGAUAACGCGGAGACUUGUAGAGCGCCAUGUCCGCUUAGAAUAGAGGGAUGUAACGUACCGGGAGCCAGAACGCAGCCGUUCUACGACGGAAAUUGUCGCACCUACUGGAACUGUGAGGCCGGGCAUCCACAUCCGGUCUGCUGUCCUCCCGGUCAGGCGUACGACUCGGAGCGAGGCGUCUGUGAGAACAGUGCCCAAUGUCGUGACGAGUGUCCACCUGAAUACUCUGGCGACAUCUGUGGCAAGGUCGUCGGCGGAACCGUCGUGACGUCAUACGCGCUCUCUGAUGGCAACUGCCGGACGUACAUGAGGUGUAACGAGAAGGGUUACAAAGAGGCCUACUGUUGCAUCCCCGAGCAUCGCUACAAUACCACCAGCGGGCUCUGCGAGCGUAUUAGGGACCCUAAUGAUGCGUGCAACUUUGAGAUAUGCCCGUAUACGUAUAAAGAAAAGUGUCGCUUUGAGCCGGUGCGUGACAACGAGUACCAGUUUUACGACUCCGUUUCCGGUGUGACCCACAACUGCGCGCCCGCAACACACUUUGUACAGGAUAUCUGUACAUGUGACGGCAGCUCCUUGGUUAAAACAUGCAAGAAGGAAGUCUGGGCGAAGUUUGACCAGCUCGAUGACAAGUGGAGCGUCAAGAACUAUGGAGAUGGCUGGAUCUCAGUGUUCGGCGAGAUGACCAAGAACAGAACCGCCCAGGGAAUGACCUAUGGAAUUUUCGACGGAAGCAGCGGAAUGGAGGUGUGGCGUUACGAUCACACGUCAUUCCCGGAAAUGACGUCAGAAAUCACAUUCCAGCCGGUCGCUGGAGGAACGCAGAAGCAGAUCCUGUUGUCUAACUGUAAGUCCACGGAGGGAGGCAACGGACCUUCGUUCGAGGUCAGCCUCAACCCGGGAACCAACGAGCUCGAGAUAUUCCUCGUGACCAAGUUCGGCAGUGAAAAUAUCAAGCUACCAUACAACCCCGCGGGCUGGAACACUUUGAAGAUCAUGUUCGACGGGAAGACAUUCAUCGGCGUGCUGGAAGAUCCCACGGGUAUCAAUAAGGCAUCGGUGGUGCCUAUCAACCUGAGAGGUGAGAUCAUUGCCGGUCUGGGGCCUUUGAGGUUUGGGCCCUGUCAGGAUCAGUCCAGCAACCCCAUGAACAACGGCUUCACAGGCUUCAUAAGUGAGGCUGUAUUUUCCAAGUGCGUGGACACCGCCGCUCAGGAUUAUAUCAAUCAAGUUCGAGCAAGAAUCCCGUCGAUGUCGGGCUGAAACAAGGAUUCUUAUUUGUAUAAAUUUAGUGUAGCGACAUAGCAAACGCAAACAUAAUAGAUACGUUUUUAUUUUUGUAUUUGAAACAAAGAAGAUAAUAGCAUAGACUCAAAUAAUUUGAUAUUCAUGUAUGCAAUGCUCGGCUGUGUGUGUCUUUUAUAUUGAUAUUUGAAUGUAUAUAACAUAUUAUAUGCUUCUCUGGCUUUAUUUGUAUAUAGUCUUUUAAUGUCAAUACAAACUCAUACAAAUACUCAUAUUAUGAGACAUAAAUACUUAUAAAAAUAUAAGAUAACAAAUUACCCUUAUAUAUAAAACAUCCUAACAUAUCUAUUUAUUUCUUUCAGUACGUUGAACAAUUGACGAAAUAAUUAAAUCGACGUUUUUUUUUAAUCAUUUCUGAAGUACCUGUUCUAGUAAUGCAAGCUCUUUUAUGUAGUGUAAAGUCACAGAAUGUAUUGCAUAAUAAAUAUAUUGAACAUC